AUGAAUCUACCCUUGUUGAAGCUGGCAUUACCGAAUCGGGUAACUUUUGUUGUUAUUCUCUGUUUUGAAGUAGUCUCUCGAGAUAAAAAAAUGCCAGCCUUCCUAUCAUAUGCUUCACCGAAAGGAUCAUACAGGACUCCCAAGUAUCCAAUUGUCCUCUGCCAUGGAUUCUCGGGGUUUGACCAGCUUUUCAUGAUUCCGGCAUUUGAUAAGAACUAUGUCCCUCCUCUUACAGAUAAGUUCAAAUCGUUAUUCAACAAGAAAAUCGGAAGUGCACCAACAUUGCCUUCGAUGGAUGUUGACAACCACGAUGUAGUGAGUGCAGGCAAAUACCUGAUUGAGUAUUGGAAUGGAAUCAAAAGCCAGUUGGAAGAAGUGGGCUGUACGGUUCUUGUUGCAAAGGUCCCUCCAUUUGCUAGAAUCGAAACACGAGCACACAUGUUGGAUGAGUUUAUAGUGUCACAGUUACCAAACAUUAGGAAACAACAUGGUGUACCAGAAGGGCGUCCCAUAAAGCUGAAUUUGGUUGCACACUCAAUGGGCGGGUUGGAUUGUAGAUAUCUGAUACACUAUUUACAAAAGAAGAAGAGGGAUAAAUAUCAAAUAGUUUCCUUGACGACCAUAUCGACCCCCCACAGAGGUACUUCCGCUGCAGACUUUGCUUUAGAAUAUUCUCCGGAAUCCCUCAUUCGUAAUUAUUUCCCGUCAGUCUUUCAACUAUCUACUUCAUUUACAAAGGUAUUCAACAGGCACAUACAUAAUGAUCCUGACGUUAAAUACUUCAGCUAUGCAUCCCAAUUUACACCUAAUCCUGCAUCCAUGUUUCUGGUAACUUGGAAAAUAGUGAAGGACAAAGAAGGCCCUAAUGACGGAUUGGUUAGUGUCAAAUCUGCCAAAUGGGGCAAAUUCAUGGGGUGUCUAGACGAUGUUGACCAUGCUGAUUUAAUCAAUUGGAUGGGUCCAGUGAAAAUGGCAAAAAUGGCUCUGGGAAUACCAAACUUCAAUCCCAAAUGGUUUUACAUGGAUAUCAUGAACAAUUUAGCCGCACACGGUUUAUAG